CUCCCGAAUUCCUAAUUCUUCCUUUCCCGACAAAUCCUCAACAAUGUCAAAGUCCAAAAACGAUACCGUCCAGGCCGAUGCGCGGCGCUUCCUCGACGAGCGCGGCUCUUCCGCUGCCCUCGCGCCGAACGGGCUCAAUCCCGCGACGAUCAUGGAAAAGGCCGUCAAGGACCGCAUCGUCGAUUCGUACUUUUACAAGGAGCAGUGCUUUGCCCUCAACGAAGCCGACAUCAUUGACCGCGUUGUCGAGCACGUCAAUUUCAUCGGAGGUACACACGGCGCCUCACAGAAACCGAGCCCUUUCCUGUGUCUGGCAUUCAAGCUGCUCGAGCUUGCUCCUAGCGAUGCGAUUCUGGACGAGUAUCUGUCUUACGGGGGCGAGCACUUCAAGUACUUGCGUGCGCUAGCAUGCUUCUAUGUGCGGUUGACGAGACAGCCGAAGGAUGUAUACCAAACGCUGGAGCCAUUUCUGGAGGAUCGACGGAAAUUGAGGCGCAAGGCGAGAACGGGCACGUCGCUUACAUACGUGGAUGAGUUUGUGGAUGACCUGCUCACAAAGGAUCGAGUAUGUGCGACGAGUCUAUGGAAGAUGCCGAAGAGAGAAACUUUGGAAGAUUUGGAAAUACUGGAACCUAGGGUUAGUCCAUUGGGCGACCUAGAAGAUUUACUGGAAGAGGACGACGAUGAGGAUAAUGACAAGGCGAAUGGGGAGAGAGAAGAAUCUGGUGAGGUGUCGGAUGGAGAUAUGGAAGUGGACCGGGAUGAAGACCAGGGCGAAGACCGGAGAAGUCGCAGCAGAUCACCCUGAGUUAUGUGACUGGUGUCGACAACUGAGCGAAGCAACUACGACUCAAACACCACUCCGAUCCCGUCCAAACCAGCUCACCUAAGCUGUGCAAAAUUUUCACCGUUAGGCAUGAAGGAGGCUCCUUAUGUGGAAACGACCAACCAUGUGCUUCUAACCAACGCUACUGGUGACUAUUUGCCAUGGACAUCAGGUUCAAACCAGAGAGGCCUCUACCUAGAUACCCACGAGCUAAUAAGGGGCUCGAAUUCACACAAAGGAGGCUAUGAGUAAUCCUCGUUUGGUCCAGGGGAAACAAUGAGGUCGAUUGCAUUUAAGGUUAGCUGGAUGGCAUAUAGUGGGUGGUCUCACUGAAACAAAUAACAAUAAUUGGAUGAUUCGUAAAGUCAUCAUGGAUAUAAUACAAGCCAAAUCU